CUUGUCAAACACGCCGACUCAAUCCACGGUGACAAAUCCGUCCGCUAAAUAAUACGGAGUACGUUAUCCGAUAAUAAUUGCUAAAUGGCAAACACCUCCAAAAUAAAAAUAAAACUAAAGAAAAGUUUGCUUACACAAAAAGAAUAAGAGAUAAAUAAAUCAAUAAAAAAGAAAAGGGCAAAUAAAUGUUUCUAGGACGUCGUCAUCAUAUGGGGCCCACGUAGACUUUGAUGGCAGCAUGAUGUUGGUCGGCCAUAUACGUAAGACAGCAACCCAUCCCAACCCGAAUCUUCAUUCCCCGAUCCACAAAAAUUCUAACCAGCGUUCAUUAACCACCAAGGUUUGAUUAACGCUAACAACGAGACAAGGAUUCGUGGGUCUGCUUUGCCACUAAUAUCAACCGCCCAAGGCACAUCAAAUGAUCAAAAUCUUGAUUAUUGUGAAAAAAAUAUACACGGCCCUUGUCUAAUCGUUGAUUAAGUCAUACCGCCUUCUGACACAUUGCGGCAUAGGUGGGGAGAUUUAUAAAGCGAGCUCUUAUUAUCUUUUCCAAUUCUGAGACGGAAAUUAAAACCACAAAUCAAAAUUUCAAAUUAUGCCUUCUAAACAACGCAUAUUAUAUCGUACGACCAGUAAGGAAGCGAGCAGCAGUACUCUUCUUCGUCGGAUCUGAAGGCGCUCUUCCUUAGUCGAACUACAGAGGCGGAAAAUGAAUAAGAUGAGUCGGGAUAGAGCACCAACAGCAGACUCGAGCUAAUGAAAAAGUAGAUGAGUUACAUCUUAAUGUACGCGAGUUACAUAUUAAUAUACGCGAGUUCCAUCUUAAUGUAUGUGAGUUACACCACGAAAUAAACUCCAACUAUAUCAUUUUUAUUGCCCUAAUAUUAAAAAUAAAACAUAUUCACUAUUUAUAAAGAAGUAAUUAAGCUAUUAGGAUCAAUUUUUUAUUGUUUACAUUGAAAUCAAUAUUUUUUUCGUAUACUAUGUAUUUGAUAAGUUACAUCUCGAACGCACUUGAGUUACAUUGAUCAAUAACGCGAGUUACAUAUCUUUACACGCGACUUACAUCAUUCAUGCGACUGGGAUAAGAAAACAACUACAGUACACGUGUGUACUGUUCACGCGUGUACUGCUCACACGAUUUUUUUUUUAAUUGUGCAAAACUACAUCAUUUUUUGGAGUGGAGUAUCAUGCUCAAGGUACGCCUGUUGCACCGUAUACGAACUGUCUAAAUAAUGAGGAGUGAUAAAAAACAUAUUAAUGAUGUUCUGCUUAGAUUCGAGUUUUAUGGUCCAAUCGGGUUUGAUCAGAUAAAUGUUUGAUCAUUUUGUAUUUUUCAAAUGUCGAAAUUUAGUCGCGCACCGAACCCUAGCAAUCGGUGGCGUCGAUCCUUGACCAAGAUCAAUCGAUUGAGGCGUCGCACCAGUGGGAAGGGUUGCGAUGAGACCAGCGCCUUAUGAGAGGGGAUGCGCUGAAGGAAGGCAGGGUGUUCGAGAACUAAAUUAGCAACAAAGAAACUGCGGUCGUCUCUAGGAUCUUCCUAGGAGUUUUCCCGGUGGUGGCUCCGGUCACCUGACUCAGCUAGUCCCUGCGGCAUCCCCGUCGACUGAAGAACAGAAAAAGAUGAGCGUACUCAGUUGGAUUUGCAGAGGUCUGCGAAGCCCGGUAACAUUCCAGUGCUUUGCCAGUGGCGGCGGUCUCGUACGGGUGAAAGAAGACGAAGAGGUGUUGAUACGCCCCCCUCCCGAAACGCCGCCAUGGACGAAUUGUGCAACUAGGGUUUUGAAGACUAUUUCUACUUUUGAUUUAGCUUGGUUGUGUUCUUACUUUGAUUUUUAUGUUGUUUUGUUGGUGAUGUACAUUUAUUUUUGCCAGACUCUUGCAUUAAGUUGGGGUGGUGAGAGGUUUACUCUAACCACGUUAGGCUUAUUUAGACCCAUUACAGGAUCAGCGAGCCAUAUUGCUUUAUUUUGGGUGAUUAACUCUAAGUCUGGUUCAAGAUUCGGUGGUUGGAAGUGAUCUUUUUACUUUCUUGUUUCCUUGGUGAAUGUUUUGAUAUCGAUUUAAAGUCGCCUUGUUCCAAA